UGGGGGCGGCCACGGCGAGGGACCGGCGGCCCUGACGUACAGGCAUUUGUUAGAACUGACUGAUACACUUAAGAGCUGAAGUGGAUGGAGUGAAUGUAGAAGAGAAGAGGACCGAAGAUUGGACCUUGGGGCCUCCAACAUUAAGAUGUCAGGGAGAAGGAAAGGGAGCAGCCAAGGAGUGGAGAAGAAGUAGAGGCCAGUGAGCUGGCUUGUAGUAAGGAUCGAUCCUUGGACUUUGCGGUUAUCAGCACAACACUUUAACCAGCUGAGCUAACCGGUCAGCCCUGUUACAUGCGCCAUGGCUAUGACUAGUGUCAGAUUGCUCACCACUGUUUUAAGAAAGCCAGAUUCCUGGAUUGGACUCUGGGGUGUGCUUCGAGGGACACCUUCACACAAACUCUGUGCUUCCUGGAAUCGAUACUUUUGUUUUUCCAGUAUCAAGUUAAAUGCAUCAAAUUAUAAAACACUUUUUCAUAAUAUUUUCAUGCUGAGACUUCCUACGCUUUUAAUAUCUCCAAAAUAUAUUUUUCCAUUUUCCAUUAGACUCAAAAGUAAUAUAAGCUCUAAAAAUUACACUAAAAAGAUUCUGCAAAAAGUAGAAGACGAAGAGGACUCUGAUGAAGAGGAUGAUCAUAACGAGAUAAGUGAGCAAGAAGAGGAGCCUGAGGGUGACCCCAAUGUGGUCAAAGACUAUAAAGAUCUGGAAAAAGUAGUGCAGUCUUUUCGGUACGAUGUUAUCCUGAAGACAGGCCUAGAUAUUGGGAGAAACAAAGUGGAAGAUGCAUUCUACAAAGGUGAACUCAGGCUGAAUGAGGAAAAAUUAUGGAAGAAAAGCAGAACGGUGAAAGUGGGAGAUAUAUUGGAUCUUCUCAUCGGAGAGGAUAAAGAAGCAGAAACAGAAACAGUGAUGCGGAUUCUCCUGAAAAAAGUGUUUGAAGAGAAGACUGAAAGCGAAAAAUAUAGAGUGGUGUUACGUCGGUGGAAGAAGUUAAAGUUGCCUAAGAAGAGUAUGUCUAAAUAAAUGGAUUUCUUUUUAAUGAUAAAGCUGCUUUCUAGUGGUGAGGGAAGGGGCCAACUUAAAAGGAACUUUUUAUUAAAAUAAAGUUAUCUUACCAUUUGUGGAA